AUGGCCGAUGCGCAUCAAUGUUCCUUGGCUUGUGGGCCCGGCUCUGCGACGAGAUGUGCAAGAAGUAUCGAGAGGGAGAGGCGGUUCAGGUUCUGGGCUCGACUCCGUUCGGGCUGUCCAUCUAGACUCCGUUCGGGCCAUCAGGCGGUCAAACACCGUCGGUCGUCCGGUAGAAGAGCAUCAAAGCCGGCAUGGACUCCGGUAGAGUUUCCCUCAGGAGGUGCAAUACAAGGCGCCGCAAACAACGCAAAAUUGCAACAAAAUUUUGAAGUUCUCAAGAUUCACGAGACAAACACGGAAAGGAGAUUGGGCGUGGUUACUCGGCGAGCCCUACCAAAAGGCUACAAGGUCAUUCAUGAGCCCGCGGCGUUUUCCUGUUACCACUGGGCCAGUGGCAGAAGGACGGCGGUCGCGGAAUGGUCAGAGCUGAGCUACGCGCACCGAAAGCAUAUGCGUUUAUUGUACCCUGGGCUACGCAAGGUGCCUGAAGGCGGCGACGAUGCUUUUAAAGAAAGGGACAAGAAGCGCCUUGAAACGUUCAUCUCCGACUAUGCCUUUUCGGACCCUCAGAGGGACCGCGCGCACAUCUACGAGUUGACCUGUUACAUCAACCACGCCUGCAGUUCAUGCGCCAACGCCGAAUUCUGGGUGGAUUCUGACUGGCCGAACAGCAUUACCGUCAAGCUUGUCCGGGACGUCAACAAGGGCGACGAGAUAUUCAUCUGCUACCAUAAGCCGAACCUCCAUUUUGGCUGUGCGCUGUGCCCACAAGGACAGACUCUGAAAGGCAGUCUAGGCAGAGUAUUAUUCUUCAUCAACAAUCUUGGCAGGCGCAAACGCAAAGCAAACGCGAAUGAGACCGAACCGGCGAGCGAGGAUGCUGGAACCCUGCAACACCCGAAACGAGCGCUUCCAACCACACCCCUUCUGAUGAUGCUAGCACUUCUGCAGCACCCAACUCAAGCGCUCCCAAGGAUGACCGCUCUAACAAUGCUGAGCCCUCUGCAGCCACCGACUCGAGCGCGUCCGACGACACUCCCUCUGACGUAA